ACGACUCAUCAGCAUCCUCGAAUGGAAACCACUUUUACAACAAUAACAUCCAACAACAACAGCAACAACAACAAUCAUUCAGUGUCAAGGAGGAGCCACUACAUGUUGACGAUCACCUCAAGGAUCUGAAUGGAUUCCUGCUGGAUCAUGACCUGAUGCAAUUGAACCAAUCCACAAACAAGACACUGGACACCGCCAACCUUUCCAUCUCAUCCAUCCUUGCUGGCACUGGCUCUGGUUCCGACCAUCACCACUCCUACUUCCCUGGCAUCCAAUCCUCCGACCUCACCAAGCUCAACCAAAGUUCAAUGGAAUUCGGCCUGUAUUAUUGA